CCUUUGAAGCCGCCGACCCGCCUUCGCAUGCCGGGCCUGAGCACAGAACAGAGGCUGGGGCGCAGCCACUAAACUCGCUUUACGAGGACGCGGCCGCUCAGGAGACAGUCAACCCCGAGGUUCCCAGGAUGUUCUGAGGCCGGCAGGUCGGGGCUCAGCCGCCGGGGGAGCAGGUGGGGCCCCGCCCACCGGCAGGGACGCAUAAAAGCAGCCAGGCCCCGGGGACACGCACAGCUGGAGCAGCCUCAGCAGGUGGCUCGCCUCGCCUCUCGCCUCGCCUCUCGCCUCUCCGCUCCGCCCGCACCAUGUCCUACCACUGCUCCCCGAGGACCGGCUCGGCCAGGCCCCUGGCGGGCGCCUGCCCCGUCCCGGGGGUCCCGGGGGUCCCGGGGGCCUCCGGCUCCACGCACGACGUCGACUACCUGAGCGGCAUCUGCCUGCCCAGCUCCUUCCAGACGGGCUCCUGGCUGCUGGACCACUGCGCCCAGGAGCCCAGCUGCGAGCCCCCGGCCUGCCCCCCGGCGUCUCGCGUCGCCAGCCCCGGGCGGGUGGCCUGCUCGCGACAGCCCGCCCGCGUGGCCAGCCCCUGCUCCACCGCCUGCAGCCGGCCGCUCACCUUCGUGUCCAGCAGCUGCAAGCCCGCGGGCGGCCCCGCCGUGUGCCAGCCGGGCGGCGCCCCCAGGACCUACAAGCGGCCCUGCGUGUCCAGCUGCCGGAGGACCUGCUGAGCCGCGGGCGUCGGUGAGCGAGCAAGACCCCGCGACCUGCCCGCCGCCCGGCCCCCUC